GCUGUUCGCUCUUACGAAGGUGUCAGCGAAGAGCCGCAUAACACAGCGCCUCGCAGCCGACAUCGCAGUGACGAACAGAGCAACCAACACGCGGGCGUGGUGCAGAUAUGUCAACACAGAGUUCAACCCAGGAGCAGAUGGGUUCUCACGCGAGGAUCUCCUCGCAGCAUGUGUUGCUUUCUGGGCCCCGGAUCAGCUGAUCACGGAGGCCCCAUAACUGGACUGGGCUAGCAUCUUUAGUGCGCCGCCACAACUGGCAGAUGAUAGGUUAGAUACUAUAAAAAAUCCCCCUCUCCCUCUUGUACAAGCACACAAGGACUU